GGCGAGGGGCAGCCUGGGAAGCGGCGCCAUAUUGGAGGCGGCCGGGCUGUAUUGUCAUAAAUAGAGCCGGGUUUGUGGUGUUGCCACUGCUGGGUUGAAUGCCUCGGCCGUGGUGAGUUGGGAAGCGCGCGAGCCAGCGAGCUAGAAGCGAGCGGAGCGAGGUGGAGCGGAGAAGGAGGACAGGCUAGAACCGGACUCCAGAGCGCAAGACACCCGCCGUAUAGAGACACGCAGGAAGCGAUGAAAGAGAUGUCUGCAAACACUAUGCUGGACAGCCAGCGGCAACAAAAGCAUUAUGGAAUUACCUCUCCAAUCAGUUUGGCUUGUCCUAAAGAAAUUGAUCAUAUUUAUACACAGAAAUUAAUUGAUGCCAUGAAGCCAUUUGGAGUAUUUGAAGAUGAGGAAGAAUUGAACCACAGGCUGGUUGUUCUUGGCAAAUUAAACAAUUUAGUAAAAGAAUGGAUUUCUGAUGUCAGUGAGAGUAAGAAUCUCCCACCUUCUGUUGUGGCUACUGUUGGUGGUAAAAUUUUCACAUUUGGAUCAUACAGGCUUGGGGUACACACCAAAGGAGCUGACAUUGAUGCACUUUGCGUAGCUCCAAGACACGUGGAGAGAUCUGAUUUUUUUCAGUCUUUUUUUGAAAAAUUGAAACAUCAGGAUGGUAUUAGAAACUUAAGAGCUGUAGAAGAUGCUUUUGUACCUGUUAUAAAAUUUGAAUUUGAUGGUAUUGAAAUUGAUCUAGUCUUUGCAAGACUGGCAAUACAAACCAUAUCAGAUAAUUUAGAUCUAAGAGACGACUCUCGCCUGAGAAGCCUUGAUAUAAGGUGUAUUCGCAGCUUAAAUGGAUGUAGAGUUACUGAUGAAAUUUUACAUUUAGUGCCAAAUAAAGAAACUUUUAGACUUACCCUAAGAGCAGUCAAAUUAUGGGCAAAACGUCGUGGUAUUUAUUCUAACAUGCUGGGAUUCCUUGGUGGAGUCUCCUGGGCAAUGCUGGUUGCCAGAACUUGCCAGUUAUAUCCAAAUGCGGCAGCUUCAACUUUAGUACAUAAGUUUUUUUUAGUCUUUUCCAAGUGGGAAUGGCCAAAUCCUGUGCUGUUGAAGCAACCAGAAGAAAGCAAUUUGAAUUUGCCUGUCUGGGAUCCUCGGGUAAAUCCAUCAGAUAGGUAUCAUCUCAUGCCCAUAAUCACCCCUGCCUACCCACAGCAGAAUUCUACGUAUAAUGUGUCCACAUCAACUCGAACAGUAAUGGUAGAAGAAUUUAAACAAGGUCUUGCAGUUACAGAUGAAAUUCUUCAAGGGAAAUCAGAUUGGUCCAAAUUACUUGAGCCACCAAAUUUCUUUCAAAAAUACAGACAUUAUAUAGUAUUGACUGCAAGUGCAUCAACAGAGGAAAAUCAUCUUGAAUGGGUUGGAUUAGUAGAAUCUAAAAUCCGUGUACUUGUUGGAAACUUAGAACGGAAUGAGUUUAUUACUCUUGCCCAUGUGAAUCCCCAGUCAUUCCCAGGAAAUAGGGAACAUCAUAAAGAGAACAAUUUUGUAUCAAUGUGGUUCCUUGGGAUAAUUUUUCGAAGAGUAGAAAAUGCAGAAAGUGUUAACAUAGACUUGACAUAUGAUAUCCAGUCAUUUACUGAUACAGUAUACAGACAGGCAAACAAUAUAAACAUGCUAAAGGAAGGAAUGAAAAUCGAAGCAACUCACGUAAAAAAAAAGCAACUUCAUCACUACCUACCAGCAGAGAUUCUUCAAAAGAAGAAAAAGAGCCUUUCUGAUGUGAGUCGAAGUUCAGGUGGACUUCAGGCCAAAAGAUCAUCUCUGGAUAGCAGCUGUCUGGAUAGCUCCAGAGACACUGAUAAUGGAACACCUUUUAAUUCUCCAGUGUCUACAAAUAAACCUUCUAAACCUGAUAGUCCUUCAGGAGAAGCAGAAAGGAAUAGUGCUGAGCCUACUACUGUAAUUGUGGAGCAGCCACCAAGCGUCCUCCCAGCUCAAGGACUAUCAAUUCCAGUCAUUGGUGCAAAAGUUGACUCUACAGUAAAAGCUGUAUCAUCCUCGGCCGUGUGUACCAUCCCUACUGUAGUAGGACGUAAUGUUAUUCCUAGAAUCACAACACCUCACAACCCUGUGCAAGGACAACCACAUCUAAAUGGAAUGUCAAAUAUAACUAAGAAUGUUACACCCAAAAGAUCUCAUUCCCCGUCUAGAGAUGGGACUUCUAAAAGGUUGAAAGAUGUAGAAAAGUUUAUUCGACUUGAAUCAACAUUUAAAGACUCCCGUGCUGCUGAAGAGAGAAAAAGAAAACCAGUGGAUGCCAUUGGUGGAGAAUCUAUGCCUAUUCCAACUAUUGAUACGUCACGCAAAAAGAGACUACCCAGUAAAGAACUGCCAGAUUCAUCAUCUCCAGUUCCAGCAAGUAACAUCCGUGUCAUCAAAAAUUCCAUUCGACUGACCCUUAAUCGAUAAAGCAGUGCCUCUUCACUUCACAUGAAGUCACAUAGAGGCAUAGAUGGCACCCACUCUUCAAAAAGAAGUGGCUGGCAUACAUACAGUGGGUGAAAGUCAUCAGCCUAAUGGCCUUGAGGUGGUUUGUGGACUUGUACACUUUGACCUUCCAAUGCUGUAGCAUUCUCCCACUGACUGCUACAUACACUCCUGAGGAUCACCUGCUAUCAGAUGUCACCUACAAUGUUUAUGGCUUUGCAUUUUGAGGUUUUACUGCCUUAACUUUUAAUGUUUGUUCCUCUGUUAUGGGAACCAGUUCUUGGCCACUUGGACUCUGAUAAAACAAGUCCUGAACCUUUUUUUUUUUUUUUUUUUUUUUUAAUGUCUUAUGUUAUAAUCAUUGUAUAGCGCAGAAAAAGUUGAAAAAAAAUUGUCUUGUAAUUUUCCAAAUGUUAAUGUAUUUACUUUAGCGUUGAAGCCACUUUGUGAAACCUGAGAUGAAUGAAUGUGAGAUCUUUUCUGCUUCUUUCAUUUGUGUAGAUGUCUAUUUUGUUGAUUUAAAUUAUUUUUUUCCAGAUUAGCACAUGAAUACUUAAACUAUUUUGUGCUUUUCUGUCUAGAUGUUGCAUAGUUACCAUGGAGGAUUAGUCCAGUGAUUAUAUAAGAGUUGGGCACCAUAAAUUCUCUGUAUUUUGCCUCCCAUGGAGGCCUUCAAAAAGUAUCUAUCAAAAAUCAAAAUAUAACCAGGAUACUGAAAGUCAGUACAUGAAUGGUGAAAUUGUUAAUCUAUCUUACAUAUCUAGCUCAUGAUGUUCUUGUUGAUUGAUUGGUAUUUUUUACAGAGGAGGAAUUCUUUCCGCCAUCAACGAUAAGAUACCUUUAAGUAUGGCAGACUUGUAUUUUUGAAGUGUUAAAUUAACUCAGCAUGAUAACUCCUGACCAUAACUUAUCCCACAACUUCAAACAGUUUCUUCAUGGACUAGGCAUGCAGAAAUAAGCGGUGGAUUUUAUUGAAACCUAAAGGCAUUUUUGAAUGACAUUACCAACCAUUAAUCGGCUCAGGACCUUUGUAAUUUUUAUUUAAACUGUAUGAGUUGUCUUUUUUUACACUGCUUUUUUCAGUGCAUUUCUUAAUAUUUUUUAAGUUUCAUGAAUGCAUGCUCAGUUUAUUAAAUCCAUAACCAUGUAAUUCUUGUAAUAUGUUGACUCAGUGUUUUGUAAAUGAAGUCGUAUGUAUUUUCAGAGUAUUUUUGUAUGUACUGUAAGAUAUCAUCUUUUCAAAGAGAAACCUUUAAAACCUUUA